AUGGCUCUGCCCCAGAUUAGUUCCGCCGACCAGGCCAAGUUGCAGCUCAUGCAGGAGAUGGAGAUCGAAAUGAUGUCCGAUUUAUAUAACCGCAUGACGAACGCCUGCCACAAGAAGUGUAUACCGCCGCGCUACUCCGAAUCGGAGUUGGGCAAGGGCGAGAUGGUCUGCAUCGAUCGCUGCGUGGCCAAGUACCUGGACAUCCAUGAGAAGAUCGGCAAGAAGCUCACGGCUAUGUCUAUGCAGGACGAGGAGCUGAUGAAGAAGAUGUCGAGUUAACCACGCUCCGAAUCCUCAAAUCAAUAUGCAUUUUCGGGGGCUACGUUUGUUAUAGAAUGAGGUACAUGUACAAAACAACCAGUUGUAGAGAAUAAACCACAGAUUUAUGCGUUCUA